CUCACGUUCCCAGACAAAGUGUGUUGUCAACGUCAACGCAAUGUGCUACUAUCGACUAUACAUCUUUGUUGGCUGCGGCCACUCAACUUUUUCAGAGACGCCGGUUAGGUGCUGUGCAAAUGCGCGGACGAAGGCAGAAAAGGCUUCGAGAUCAUUCUUGAUACAGCCUGAGGAUCUAGCUACCGGGGGCGAGGGAUUCCAGGGAAGCGGUCGCAAAGGCAGAGACUCACAAGUGACGCUGGUGCCAGACGAUGACUCAAUCAAAAGAACAGACAAGACAACCACCUGCAAAGAUUCUUCGCAGAACUUGUACUCCAAUAUCCAAACAACCCAUAACAAGACACUGCAUAUAUAUCCCGUAAGAACAGCCGACGUUCUCUUCACUCCAAAGGCAGAUGGUAGAACUGCCUGGCCGCAUACAGCCUCACCUUUUAUGACUUCAACAGCCAAAACCUCGCCAUCGAUAGCUCCAGCUCUCGAGACCAACAGGAUCCAGCCGACUUGCGAAGAAGGCCGUGUACACCCCAUGCACACUGUCAGGCUCGAGCGCAUGUGCCCGCUUUGUGAACAUGAGAGAGAAGAAAGAUUGAGACUGUUAUACUCUUCCAUGAGGGAGAUCAGAUUCGAUCCUACGAGAUGGCAUGUGAAGUAUCAAGGAGAUGUAAAAAAGCAAGGCGAUGGGAAUCAGCAGACGGGUGCGGGCUGGGGUGUUGCGAUGGGAGGGUGGUGGGACCCGGAGAAGGAGGAUCGUGUAUCCAAGACUGAAGAUGGUAGUCCGGCGCGGACUUGGAAGGCGCUGCCCAGGUGUGGUAAUGCGGCAUCACGUGCACCGCCGCCAAUCGCAGCUCGGCCCUUUCAAAGCUCACCAACCAUCACGACCACGACACCUCGCAACAACGCCAAUCACCCCGUCGCACGUCUCCCAAUUGCUCGACGGAGCCCUCGGAAAUCAUAUACACGACCGUCACCCUCGAACGCACUCCCCGCCGCCGCAAUGCCGACACCAGAGUCCGAACUCUUCCUUGCCAAAAAGCCAAAGGUUGCGCCAACCUUUGACGGUGUCGACUACGAAGACAACACUGCGCUCAAGGGCGCGCAAGAUGCUAUUAUCAGGGAGCAGUGGGUGAGGAGCAUGAUGGCGAGGCUGGUGAGGGAUGAGAUGGGCAAGUGCUACCGGAGGGAGGGGGUCAACCACUUGGAGAAGUGUGGGCAUUUGCGAGAGCGAUACUUCGAGCUCCUCAAGGACGCAAAGGUCAAGGGAUACCUCUUUGCCCAACAAAACUACGUCGACGAUGCGUUGAAGCGAUAAGCGGCCCGCCAACAGCGGUGAUCGCUCGCAUGAAGGACAGACAACAGGCAGACCAUACACGACACACAGCGGGAGACACAACCAGACGAAGACAAGGGUUCAUGGCGUUCGGCAAGCGUAUGCUGAAGAAACGCACCAAUUCUCUCGUACUGGCGAACCUGUACAUAUACAUGCCGGAGGAGAGACUGAUGUAGCACGAAUUAUUGGAACAAGUGUACAAUUGCAGUGGUACAGCUCAUUGUCCAUCUCCCUCACUGACGUGAAACCCCAAAUCUCUAGGUUUUCUGUUCCAG